AAAAUAAAACAGCGGAAGAUUCAAAACUAACAUGGCGGCUGAAAACGAUCCCCGUAACGACCCCAAAUUGGACAGAAGGGGGACAAAAUGCAGUGUGUUUAUCAGCCAGGAAAAACCAAACACAAGCCAGCCUGUGAUCUUUAACCCAGACUUCUUCGUGGAGAGGCUGAGACACGAGCAUCCACAGAUCUUCUCGGAUUUGGUUCUUAGCAAUAUCACUCGACUCAUCGACCUUCCAGGGACCGAGUUUGCCCAGCUGACCGGAGAGUCUGAGCCCAGAGUGCCCCCCAGCAGCGGCUUUCUGCGCUCCUUCAACUUCCUCAAACGAAAAGAUAAAGGAGUGGUUUUUGGUGCGCCGUUAACUGAAGAAGGAAUAGCACAGAUCUAUCAGCUCAUUGAAUACCUGAGUAAAAACCUUCAUGUGGAGGGGUUGUUCCGCGUCCCAGGCCACAGCCUGAGGCAGGCAGCCCUGAGGGAAAUGCUGAAUGCUGGGGCAGAGAUAGAUCUAGAGACAGGCGACUUCCACCCCAAUGAUGCGGCCACAUUGCUCAAAGCCUACCUGGGAGAGCUGCCAGAGCCUCUGCUCACGCACAGACACUAUCAUGCUCAUCUGAAGAUUGGAGAGCUGACUCGCUUUGAUGAGAAGGGGGAUAAGACGAACGUGCCUGACAAGGAACGCCAGAUUGAGGCAUUUCAGCUGCUUUUCAUGCUGCUGCCUCCAGCCAACCGCAGCCUGUUGAAGCUGCUGCUGGACCUGCUGUACCACACCGCUCGCAAUCAGCACAUCAACAAGAUGUCUGCUAUCAAUUUAGCCACGAUGUUUGCUCCACACAUUCUAUGGCCUAAAAAUGUGAUGGCAAGUGAUCUCCAGGGGGACAUUGAGAAACUGAAUAAUGGCAUAGCAUUCCUCAUCAGGCACUCACAAAAACUCUUUAAGGCGCCUGCAUAUAUCAAAGACUAUACCCGCUUAUACUUCACAGGAUCUAAAAGUCUUCAAUCAAAGGAUGACUUGACACUCUGUUCUGGGACCAAAGAUGGGCCUGUGUCUGUGGUAACAGCGUCCUCCCCUUCUCCCUCCACGCGAACAGUCGGAUAUGAGGUUAGCAGCACCUGCACCAUGAGGCCAUCUGGGACUCAGAGUUAUACUGAAUCUGCCCUCAGAGAGCUGUACCAGCAAGUCAGCAACCUGCCCGAGUCUGCCAAAAAGAAGAAACUCAUCAGACAGUUUGAGAAGCAGCCUUUGCAGACACCUUCGGCUGACUCUCGAACACCAUUUAGCAGGAAACAUUGGCGUUCACGCUCUCUAGGUGGAAUCAUCAAGAGGAAGGUGUUGGGAAGCCAAGUACUAACAGAGAAAGAAAACGGCAGACUGCAGAGUCCUCGACCCAGUAGUUCAACUGAUUGCUAAGGAAGAGAAACAUCAGCUGUGGAGGA